AUGCAGAAGUAUGACGUUCCUCAUGGCCGAAGAACACUGCUGGUGGUCAGUAAGCUGGACCUGAUGGAUGCAGGCACAGAUGCUCUGGAGGUCUUACUGGGUCGGGUCAUUCCAGUGCAGCUUGGAAUUGUGGGAGUGGUCAACAGGAGCCAGCAUGACAUCAACACCCAAAAGAGCAUAGAGGACAUGGCGCGGGAUGAGCAGGCCUUCCUCCAGUGCCACUACCCUUCUCUGGCCUCCCGCUGCGGGUCUUGCUACCUGGCCCACACCCUGAGCCGCUUCCUCAUGCUCCACAUCCGGGACUGCCUGCCGGAGUUGAAGACCCGUGUGACGGUGCUAGGUGCCCAGUACCAGGCCUGGUUCAGCAGCAACGGCCAGCCAGUAGAGGACCAUAGCACCACCCUGCUGCAGAUGGUCACCAAAUUUGUCAGCAACUACUGCAACACCAUCGAGGGCACUGCCACACACAUCCAGACAUCUGAGCUAUUUUCUCAGAUUUCCUGGAGAUUCGCAAGGAGAUUGAAGAAGAGACUGAACGUAGCUUGGGAGGCAACAAGCUGCAGAGGGGCUCGUAUCUGCUACAUAUUCCAUGAGACCUUUGGCCUCACUCCUCAGUCUACCGAUCCCUUGGGGGGCUUAACAGAGCUUGCCAUCCUCACUGGUCCGCAACCGGCCCUCUUUGUGCCUGAGAUUUCCUCUGAGCUGCUAGUGAAGAGGCAGAUCAAGCGUCUGGAGGAACGCAGCCUGUGCUGUGUGGAGCUGGUCCACGAGGAGCUACAGAGGAUCAUCCAGCACUGCUCCUCCUACAGCACACCGGGGGUGCUGGCGUCCCGCAAGCUGAGUACCAGAGAGACUGAGGUCAUCCAACGCCUCAUCAAAUGCUACUUACUUAUCGUCCGCAAGAGCAUUCAGGACUGUUCAGAGACCAGAGCUCCAGAGCACCUAGGGCUAACUGUGUGUCUUAGGGCUUGUGUGCCCAAGACAGUGAUGCACUUCCUGGUGAACUUUGUGAAGGAGCGUCUGCAGAGUGAGCUGGUGGGCCAGCUGUACAAACAUAACCUGCUGCAGGAGCUUCUCAUCGAGUCCCAGGAUACAGCACAACAGAGGACAGAGGUGGCCCAGAUGCUGGAGGCUCUCCAAAAAGACAGCAACAACAUCAUCUCGGAUAUUUGGGAGACACCUGUGGUAGCCCAAUGCAACUGACCGUGCCCCACUGAUCGCAUGUCUUUGAGAGUGUAGGUGAGAAUGUGAGUACUGUAUGGUAAUACCACUGAGCUCACACUGACCAUAGCACAUCCAGCUGUCCUUUUUGUCUGUCCACUGGCCUCUUGGCUGGAGGAUUUUGACCAUUGUGUCUCAGGUAGAGCUGGUCCAUUGUAUUGAGUUGGCCAUAAUGUGAGACACCCAUGAUCAAAAACAAAGUAAGUGCAACAAUCGUCUGUCUAAAUGUCUGUUGGGUCUUUUGGUUGUGGUUGUAAAUGUGUUUUUAUAAUAUGCAGUAUUAAGUUGUUUUCUAGGGUCUUUAUUGCGUCAUGGCACAGGUUGUACAUGUACUGCUACGUUUGUUUUCAUUGAUGUAUCUACCUAUGGAAGAGUGAUCUCAAACCAUGAUCCCAGUUUCUGAAGGUAUGAGUGCCAAGUAAAUAUAAUCAGACUUUUAUUGGUUUCUCCUUUUAAUUUUUUUGUGACAUUCUGUAAGGAUGAACAGAGGGAGAAAAUCAAACAUUAUACACUAUGAACCUGGUCUUCAGGGAUGCUGCAGAGGUUUGGUUUGACCUGGUCUAUAGGGUGGAGGGGUACAGUAGUUGUGAGCUAGAGCAGGCUUGUGUUCUUGACGCGUGUCAUGUUUACAUAUCAUUCCAGUGGUACAUUUGCACUGUGUUUGUGCAUAUAUUAGUCCCAUAGCGAAGUCGUAUGUUCACAACAGAAUACAGCAUUCCUUUUCUCAAUAUGAAGUUUCUAGUCAGGCUCUUCUUUCACAUGUUGUUGGACAACUGAGACUACAUCAUUUAUGAAUAGCAGACACAAAGACUUGAAUAGGUGUGUGUGUGUGUGUGUGUGUGUGUGUGUGUGUGUGUGUGUGUGUGUGUGUGUGUGUGUGUUUGUGUGUGUGUGUGUGUGUGUGUGUGUGUGUGUGUGUGUGUGUGUGUGUGUGUGUGUGUGUGUGUGUGUGUGUGUGUGUGUGUGUGUGUAUUGUAAGCUAGCUUUUCAGGAAAUGCAGGAUAGUUAUGGUUGAGUCCAGCACUGAUUUGAGGAGUAUAGCGAUGAAGUGUAGAAAGCCACUAUGCAAAAUGAUUUUACUGUCCUUGGGCAGUCCUUUACUGUCCAUAUCUCAGAAUGCAUUCAAAUAUUGUACCCCAUGUUAUAAUGACCCCAUGUAUGCAAUGUGCCUUAGAGGCAGUGUUUUGUAGAGGCAGUUUCAGAAGUCUAGAUCUAGUCCUACCCAGAUGACAGGGAUGUUGGUGUGAGAGACUAACAUGGUUCUUGAUUGAACUCAUGCAUGCACCCGUAAUUGUAUUCUAUUUUUUUUAAUGUAGAUCCCCAAGUGGAGUAUGCCCAUACAACUGCAGCCCUUAAUUUGUGAUUCGGUACUAAUAGCAUUGCGUGAUGUUAGUGCAUCUUCCCCACCCUCCAUCCAUUUAGCAUUAGCGAUUCUAAAGUUUCUCUAAUAUUGACAUUGUAAGUACGCAUCUGUUCCGUGAGCCAAAAGUAAUGGAAAAGUUCCCAAAGGAUGAUGUUUAUUCUGAAAGCCUUAAAAAGACAGGCAACAAGCACCAUCUGAGCAGAAACACUAACUUCUGUGUGAUCAGGGAGAGCACAGUGUCUGUUCAGUCUUUCGGAAAGGACAGUAUGGCUGUGUGUGUGCAUGUACGUAUGUCUGAAUGUCUAUCUGAAUGAGAGGAUUUGCUUGUGUGCGUUUCUAUUAUUUAAUUGUAUAUGUUCGACUUUACAAACUGCCUGAAAGUGCUUGUCUGACAAUAUUUGUGAUACAUGUAAGUUGAUGGAAUGACGUCUGUUCAGAUUCGAUAGACUCAUUAAACCCUAACA